GCUGGAGGGAGGACGGGGCGGGCGGAAGAAGGGGCGUCGUUGCCCGGGCCGGUGUCUUUCUCCUCCUGCCUCCGCAGCGCCGUCAUGGCUACAGCUCUCCGUCCCGGCGCCUCCUCUCCCGCCGCCUGCCUAGCUCUGCUGCUCGGCUGCCUCGUCUUGCGCGGGGCGCCCACGCGGGCUGAGGAGACGGGGGCGGCCAGCGACGAGACGGACCCCCACGCGCGGCACCUCUACAGCGCCGAGAUGCUGCGCCAUGGCGCCCAGAGCGCACCGCACUUCGUCAUGUUCUUCGCCCCGUGGUGUGGGCAUUGCCAGCGUCUCCAGCCAACUUGGAAUGAUCUUGCAGACAAGUACAACAACAUGGAUAAUCCACAGGUCUAUGUUGUAAAGGUGGAUUGCACUACAGAUACUCCAUUGUGUUCUGAAUUUGGUGUCAGGGGAUACCCAACUCUAAAACUACUUAGACCAGGCCAAGAAGCUGCAAAAUAUCAGGGACCCAGAGACUUUCAGUCACUAGAGAACUGGAUGUUGCAGACAUUAAAAGAGGCAUCUGCUGAGCAAGAACCUGAAUUGGAGCCACCGAAAGCAUCUGAUGCAAAGCAAGGCCUUUAUGAGCUCUCAGCAGCUAAUUUCAAGCAGCAUGUAGCGGAAGGCAAUCACUUCAUCAAAUUCUAUGCCCCUUGGUGUGGCCACUGCAAGGCAUUGGCACCUACUUGGGAACAGUUGGCUCUGUUCCUUGAACAUUCAGAGCCCAUCAAGAUUGGGAAGGUGGACUGCACACAGCAUUAUGAAAUCUGCUCAGAAAAUCAAGUGCGAGGUUAUCCAACUUUGCUUUGGUUCAGAGGUGGAAAAAAGGUUGACCAAUACAAAGGAAAGAGAGAUUUAGAUUCUUUGAAAGAGUAUAUCGAAUCUCAGUUAAAAGACUCCAAGGAAGCCAUAAAUGAUAUUAAACCCACUGAAGCACCUUUACCACCUAGAGAAAUAACUCCUGAGGAAGAGGGCAAAGUUCUUUCCCUCUCUGAAAAAGAUUUUGAUAAAGAAAUUGCAAAUGGGAUCACUUUCAUCAAGUUCUAUGCUCCAUGGUGUGGUCACUGUAAAAACCUGGCUCCCACAUGGGAGAACCUCUCAAAAAAGAACUUUCCAGGACCAUUGGAUGUGAAGAUAGCAGAAGUAGACUGCACUACUGAACGCGAUGUCUGCAACAGAUUUUCUGUCCGUGGCUACCCAACACUCAUGCUUUUCCGUGGUGGUGAGAAAGUAAGCGAACACACAGGAGCCAGAGAUCUCGAAACACUGCAUAACUUUGUUCUGGGACAAGCAAAGGAUGAACUGUAAAAAUGUGGCUGCUUGGUUACUGCUUCUUUAGCUGGGUCCAGUAAACAUGGAAGUUGAAUCAUGGUAAUGUUAUUGGAUUUCCAAUAGUGGUCAUGCGGGAAACUGGAUGUUCUAAAGUGUGGUAUCGUUUGUGCAUAUGUUUGUGUUUCCUAUUACCUACUCUGCUAACCUUGAGAGAAGAUUACAACAAACAGUCACUGUUCAAACUGGGAACCAAUAUUUAUGGUACUGGUUGCAUUAAUGAAUUUCCACUUGUCCUAUGAUGAAAAAGUAAAUUGCAUUUUGAAACAAAAAUAAGAGAAGAAAGGCUACCAUCAGGGCAGAUUAGUUUCACUGCAGGUAAAACUAAUUAGAACAUUAUCAACUGCAUAAAACUUGCAAACUUUAACCCCAAUUUGUUAACCUGUUCCAUCAUUAUCUUUAAAUGUCACCUUCAGAAGCCAAAUUAAAAUAAAUUCUAAAGGAAAACACACAGAAACACUUUAGGAAGCUACCCCUGGCUGCUUUCUGUUGUUGACUCCUCUCACAAGGAUGUGCAAUGAAAAUUAAUGGUACUGCCUAUGCCUGGAUAUUAGACCAUGAUACUUCUCAGCUAAGCCCAACAUUCACUUAAUUAAAUUGCAUGACUUGGCUCUCUACACAUAUAUUUGAUGUUCAUUUCAAUUCCAAACAGUACUUUACAACUCAGAUUUUAUUGGAUGGGGCUUAACUCCUAUUUAUAACUUAUCAAAUUCAGAUUAGCUAGGAUUCAUGCUUACAUAUGAAUAAGUAAAACUUUAAAAGUCUAUGAAAUUCCUUCUCUUUUCCCAGGUCAACAGUAACAAAGAAACCAAACUUUCCUAUAGAAUUUUUCCAGAUGAUCUGUAGGUUUGAAUAGAUUCUCCAGCCCCAUCCAAUCCUAUUUCCAAUUUAGUAUGCCCUAAGAGAGAGAAUUAAAGCCAAAGAAUUUCUAGUGCAAGUAAUGAUACAAGAUCAAACUACAGCAGCUAACUCUUGAUCUAAUUUGCAUAUGAACAUUUAUUGCCAUUUUUUCUGGGGCAGAGUUACGGGUCUGUACAUACAGUUCUAUACAGAAGGACUCUAUUGCCAUUACUGUGAAUGAAGAUACACAAUUUCCAUAGCCAUAUCUACAUGCUCUGUGUUUGUACUCUAGUUUGUCCUUCCUUCGUUCCUUCUUUGAAGGCCAGAGAAUUUGUCCAGAACAAAGCAGGGAAAAACCCUCAUGAAACAUGGAAGUUAA